AUGGCCACCGAAUUUAAGAUCGUCCUCUUGGGAGAGGGCUGCGUCGGCAAGACGUCAAUCGUCCGCCGCUACUGCGAGAACGUCUUCGUGGAUGGACAUCAGACCACGCUGCAAGCAUCAUGUCUUUCCAAGAUGAUGAAUAUCCAAGCUAAACGUGUGCGACUCAACAUUUGGGACACGGCGGGCCAGGAACGAUUCCAUGCCCUUGGUCCCAUCUACUACCGCAACAGUCAAGGUGCCGUCUUGGUCUACGACAUUACCGACCAAGACUCCUUCAAAAAGGUCAAGAACUGGGUGAAGGAACUCAAAAAGAUGCUCGAUAACAUCUCCAUUGUCAUUGUCG